ACAGCUCACAAUUCCCUGUGUCUUGUAGGUGACAACACAGAUAUGGAGGACAAGAAAAUUCUCUGCAUUGGGCUGGUCUGUCUGGAUAUUAUUAGUGUGGUGGAUAAAUAUCCUGAAGAGGACUCUGAUACAAGAUGCAUUUCACAACGCUGGCAGCGAGGGGGUAACGCCUCUAACUCGUGCACUGUGUUGGCCCUUCUUGGGGCACCCUGUGCAUUCAUGGGUUCCCUGGCCCCAGGACACAUGGCAGAGUUUUUGUCAGUAAAGAUGUUGCUCAACAUUUUGGAUUUCAGUCGGCGACAGAGGCAGUGACCGGUCUAUAUCCGCGUGUCAGGACAGGAGCAUUCCUGGUGUGUGCUUGGGCAGAGAAGGGAGCAGUUGCACUUGGCCCUGAUGGUGUUGUGGUCCAUUCGCCAUCCUUUCCUCCAGAGACAAUAGUGGACACCUUAGGAGCUGGAGACACCUUUAAUGCAUCUGUCAUUUACUCACUGUCCAGAGGUCAGAGCAUUCAGGAGGCCCUGACAUUUGGAUGCCGUGUAGCGGGCAGAAAGUGUGGGAUACAAGGCUAUGAUGGUCUUGCACACUCCUCUAUCUUAGGACCAACCAUAUAGGUUAGAUCUAUGGACACAAGUACCUCAAUAAAACUACCAAAUCCCCA